GAAUAGCAGGAUGGAGCGCUUCGGUAAAUCAUGAUAACUCCGUUAACCGUUCCUAAUCCCUUUGGCUUCAAGUCUUCACCAUUUUUGCAACUAGUUUUCUCCCUUUCUUCCCACUGUUUCAGAUCAACUACUAUCUCUCUCACUCAUUGGCUUUCACCGGAACUGGAGGAUUGCGCGAUUUCGUCUUCGGAGUUUGAAUAUCUUUGACGGAUGCGAUUUAUCUGAUUCUAAGCUUAUAACUACUACCACAGCCCACCAGAUUCUGAAAUCAGUCGAUGCAAAGUGAAGAAUAAUGAUAAACACACAACUAGUGGAGAUUCAACCUUGUGAACUCAAGUUUACAUUUGAGGUGAAGAAACAAAGUUCAUGUGCAGUUCACAUAUCUAAUAUCACAGACCAAUAUGUAGCUUUCAAGGUCAAGACCACAUCACCUAAGAAAUACUGUGUCCGGCCUAAUAUAGGUGUUAUCAAACCAAAGUCUACAUAUGACUUCACAGUUACAAUGCAAGCUCAGAGGGCAGCUCCAUCUGAUAUGCAAUGCAAGGAUAAAUUUUUGAUUCAGUGCACAGUUGUUCCUUUUGGAACUAAUGAAGAGGAAAUUCCACCCAGCAUGUUCAACAAAGAUAAUGGAAAAUAUAUUGACGAGUGCAAAUUAAAGGUUGUUCUGGUUAGCCCAUCCCAGUCUCCAGUUCUGCAGCCAGCUAAUGGAAUUUCCAAGCAAGGUGCAUCUGUUGAGACUUCGAUGCAACAGGAAAAAUUUCCAAGUGGUGUUGAAAACCUUCCUCCAGCUCAAACUGUGGUUAAGAACAACAAGGAUAUUAAAUUUGAGGAAGAAACAGAGGAACCAAGAUUGGUUAACAUUGCAGAUGUCAAAGAUCUGAACUUAACAAAAAAUACCAAGUCCAGUAUUGGUGAGAUUGAUGAAACAAUAUGUCAGGUGGUUGAGAACAACAAGGGUGCAGAUUUUGACGCAGAAGAAGAGGAGCCAAGAUUGGCUAAGACUGCGGAAGACAUCCAGUUGAAUUUGCCUAAGAACAGGGAGUCUAAUGCCAAUGAGGUUGAGGUUGUUAAAUCAAGACAUCUGAACAUGGAGACAAAAUUGUCACUAUCCAAAGAUGUUGAGGAGCUAAAGUCUAAGAUAAAUUCAUUGGGUUCUCAGCUAAUUGAGGCUGAAUGCAUAAUUGCAAAGUUAAAAGAACAGAAGCGAAGUACCAUCAAAGACAUGGAAAUUUUGAAGCAAGAACUGGCAUUGUUAAAGACAAAGGGUGUUGGAAAAAGAGUUCAAGUUGGAUUUCCCCCGUUAUUUCUUUGCAUGGUCGCAUUGAUUUGUCUCACCAUUGGAUAUCUUGUACGUGCUUAACAAGGAUUUUGCUGGCUUUGGUAUAUUUGUAACUGUUUAGGAACUUACAAUGUCUUCAGCAUGUUGACAAUUGCAUCUUUUUUUCUUUUAAUAGAUGUCAACCUAACGAGCCUUUUUUCAAAAUGAGUAUGUAAAAGUGGAGUUCAUGAGGAAAAAAAAUAAUAUUUCAGUUAUGUAAUAGUUAUGUUUCAUUUUUUUUUUCUUUUUUCACAACUGACAACAAUAUAAUUAUGAAUGUUGAGAUUUGAA